AUGUGGGUUUCCUGUGCUAUUCAAGGCCAUAUUCGAUUCGGCGGGCCAGCUACGGUCUCACGCCACCUCCUGCAUAGCUUUCGGUAUCUCCCUGUUCGUACCGCAAGCACGCAAGUCAACGCUUAUCAACCUGCUAAGAAGCUAGACCUUCUAGCUAUUGAUAAAAGAUGGAAAGAAAUAUGGAAGGGCAGCGAGGUUUUGGCUCAGUCAACGAGCAGCAGCAGCAAGGAAAAAGCUUACGUGCUGCCUAUGUUCCCCUACCCAUCCGGAACCCUACACAUGGGGCAUGUUCGAGUGUACACGAUUUCCGAUGUUCUCGCUCGAUUUAAACAGAUGAAAGGCUACGAUGUUUUACAUCCUAUGGGGUGGGAUGCUUUUGGACUCCCAGCCGAAAACGCUGCCAUUGAACGCGGAAUCCAUCCCGAAGGCUGGACCAAACAAAACAUAGCGAACAUGAGGGAUCAAUUGAAAGAUUUAGGAAUACGAUUCGAUUGGGAUACAGAAGUUAUGACUUGCUCGCCCGAAUUUUACAAACAUACCCAGAAGUUGUUUCUAAUGCUUCACGAGAAAGGCCUUGCGUACCAGGCGGAAGCUGUUGUGAAUUACGAUCCAAUUGAUAAAACAGUUUUGGCGAACGAACAGGUAGUUGAUGCCAACGGAUGCUCCUGGAGGUCUGGCGCAAAGGUCGAAAAACGGGAGUUAAAACAAUGGUUUUUCCGGAUCACUUCUUUUAAGGAAGCACUGCUUAAGGACCUCGAUUCUUUAUCCGGUAGCUGGCCGGAUAGGAUCCUGACAAUGCAAAGACACUGGCUAGGAAAAUCACGAGGUGCUCUUGUCCCAUUUAAAAUAUUAACAGAAGAAGAAUCUCUUGAUAUUGAAGUCUUUACUACCCGCCCUGACACGCUCCAUGGCGUUCAAUAUAUCGCAUUAUCUACCAGCCAUCCAGUGGUAAAGAGAAUAGCAGCUACAAACCCGGAGCUCCAAGAAUUCAUUGAUUCUACAGGUUCACUACCGCCAGAGACGAAGGCAGGAUUCAAAUUACCCGGGGUCAAGGCUGUUAACCAGCUUUGUAAUCUUGAAGAGAACCCCCAUCUGCCGUCUUCUCUCCCAGUUUAUGUUGCACCUUAUGUCCUACCGGAUUAUGGGGAAGGUGCUGUCAUGGGUGUCCCUGGACAUGAUUCUCGAGACUUCGGAUUUUGGAAAGAGAACGCUCCUUCAGAACCUAUUGUUUCUGUUGUUGUGCCAUUGAAGCCAGGAUCAGGCCCCAAUGGAAAAAACGAUGUCGACGUGGCGUUUUCAGGGCAUGGUCAAACAACUGAUAUAUGUGGAUCUUACAGCAAGAUGCCCUCAAAAGCUGCUGGUGAAAAAAUAAUCAACGACUUGAAAGGCAAAGGAAGCCGUGCCAGAUUCGCCGAGAAUUGGAGACUACGGGACUGGCUUAUCAGCAGGCAGCGAUAUUGGGGUGCCCCUAUCCCGAUUAUUCACUGUGACAGCUGUGGAGCUGUGCCGGUUCCUGCUAGUCAGUUACCAGUUGAACUUCCUGCUAUUCCAGGGUCUCAACUCAAGGACAAGACUGGAAAUCCCCUAGAGUCCGCAAACGAAUGGCUACAUACAGAGUGCCCUAGCUGCAAGGGGCCGGCUAAGAGGGACACUGAUACCAUGGAUACUUUUGUGGAUUCAUCGUGGUAUUUUCUAAGAUUCUUGGACCCGAGAAACAACGAUUUACCCGUGUCACCCGCAAAGUCUCGUCCUGUGGACAUAUAUAUAGGAGGUAUAGAACACGCUAUCCUCCACUUACUAUAUUCUCGUUUCAUCUUCAAAUUUCUUGCCAAUGAAGGCAUGAUUGAAAAUACUACGAACCCUCCAGAGCCAUUCCUUAAGCUUUUGUCUCAAGGCAUGGUUCAUGGCAGGACCUACUCAGACCCUAAGACCGGUCGAUUUUUACGGCCUGGUGAAGUGGACCUUUCCGUGAAAGGCUCUCCAGUGCUCACUGGGACCCAAAUUCCUGCCAACAUAUCUUUUGAGAAAAUGUCAAAAAGCAAAUACAAUGGUGUAGAUCCAAAUACUUGUAUUGCAAGCUACGGAGCGGAUGCUACGCGUGCCCAUGUUCUCUUCUCCGCUCCUGUCAGUGAAGUAUUGGAAUGGGAUGAAACCAAGAUUAUCGGCAUUCAACGGUGGUUCAGCCGCAUUUGGAAGGCCCUCUCAGAAAAUGAGAGUAACAUUCUUCUUAUGACACACAACACAAUAUCAUCGGUUUCAUAUUGCUUGGAGAAGAAUCAAUACGGGCUUAAUACAGUCAUAUCGGAUCUGAUAAAACUUACCAACGCGAUUGCAGCCGCACCUUUACCUGCGGAACCAUCGAAAUCAUCUCCUCCAGCACAAUCUUUCACACAAUCCCACGCCACCUUAUACAUUGCACUCAAUUCUCUCCUACGCAUGUUGGCACCAAUUGCCCCAGCGUUUGCCUCAGAAUGUUGGGAAGUACUACACAAGCCUCUCUUUGAACUUAUUGACUCCUCACCGGUUCCAUCUGUCUUCUCUUCCCCAUGGCCGUCUGAAUUCUUAUCAAACUCCGAUAUCAAGCAAAUUCGCUCUCGUGGAGCGAAGACAGUGGCAGUUCAGGUGAAUGGGAAACUCCGGUUCACGGCAUCUGUACCACCAUUUUCGAAGAACAAUGCUACUGCUGAGUUAAUUAGUCAGGAACAGGAACAGGAGUGGAUAUUAUCCCAUGUUCUUGCGACGAAAGAAGGAAAGAUUUGGCUCCAAGAGAAAAAUGACUGGGAUAAACGGAAACGAGUUCUUGUUGUUGGGAGUGGAAAGGUCGUUAAUAUUGUGUUUUAG